ACGUGAGCUUCUACUCUGGACCUGAUUACGCUGGUGACGGGACUCUGAAUGGCAGCUAAGCGUGAGCGUUCCAAUUCUCUCCGUGAAAGCGCGAGAGGUCUUCCACCGCAGUUGAUACGCCACGAUUCCCAAUUUGUCAAUGAAGCUGCAGAGUCGGUAAUUUAUGAUGUUGUCCUUGACGAAGAAAGCAAUGAGCAGAUCACUCGGCUAUUCAAAAUUAUCGAUACGAAUAGUGACGGAAAACUGAGUAUAGAAGACUUUGAACGAUCUGAAGGUGCAGGACCUAUGACAACCAAAUGGCAAGAACUUAGAGACAAGUUUGACAUGGAUGGAGAUGGCCUUGUAACAAUGCAAGAGUUUCGUCGUGGAUUCAAGAAAAUGGUACUCAGACUAUCGUGUAAAUUUGAAAGCUCAGAAGGACCAACAACUGUUGGCGAAUAUCUACAAAAGAUUGAAGCACUAGUCAAUGGCCAAGUUCAGGAGCUGUGCAAACAGGCUUUCCUCUGGUACGUUAGUAUGUGACAUAUUGCAAUGCUUUAAUUACGACUGCAUUGUUCAAGAGACUUUGCUGUUGUAACUACGUGAUAAAA